ACGUGCGCCUGUGUUUUCGCUGAGAACUUAUGAAGAAUAUUCUUGAUAACAACAUUAAAUAAACAAAAAUAAGUUUUAAAAACAUUUAAGCGCUUAAUGUAAUAUGGUGAAAUUCUCACAAAAGUUGUAUACUUAUUAAUCCAUGAGUGAAACCAGUUUAAAAUCUUUUAGGACAUUGUGAAGUGAUUGUUUGAUUAUAUCUGUUUCAAUGUGUUUUUAAUUGUCUAAUAUGUGCAAUGGUGAAGUGACAAAAUACAGAAAUGGAUGACAAAUUAAAACAUCCAUUUAAAGUGAAAAAGAAGUUUAAAACAUGGAUGUAAUUUCAGAUCUUGAGCCUCUGAGUCCAGGUCUGAUAGACGAGUUGGAGGCAUAUAUGGCGCCGGUUAGCGAAAAUUGCUACGCGCCACAGCCUUUGGAUGCCCGCCGAAUCGGCGGGCACCAAUUGCCUGACAGUCCACCAGACUCGGGUUCAGAGAACCCCUAUAGUCCAGACACACAGGUCUCACAUACUAUUGCGGUCUCCCAGACGAUACUGGCUCCAGAUUACAUGCUACUGCCCGAGCAUCUAAACAUUCAUGAGGUCCUCCAAAACGAAGAGUACAUAUACGAUGAAAUAAAAGAUAAUAUAGAGCAGGAUGUCCUAAGAAAUGAUGUAGUGGUGAUGCAGGAGUCAGACUUAGGCUUGAGAAGCGUCAGACAUGACCUUGGAUUGGAGCCGGUGUAUCAGAACAGGUACAACCAAAUGCGAGUAGACAUGCCGGAUAUAGAACCGGGUCUGAUGACGACUCAGCUCGUGUCAUUAAGCCAUGAAGUCACACCAGUGUACACCAAUCUACAAGAGCCGAAAAAGAGAAAACUUUCGCAAGAUGUUAAAUGUGAACCAGCGGCCCUCUCCCCGGAAAACAUAGUGCGUCCCCCGCCUUCAGUAGACGGUUCGGAGGCUGGCGAUGAUGUUCCACAGCAAAGUAUACGCUUCAGCCACUUCCAACAGGCCUCGUGGCAUGCUCUGUUUGAUAGUAAUUUGAAGCCAAUAUUCCACAGUUUGCCCCCGUCCUACAUAGUGGGUGCCGAUAAAGGCUUUAACUACUCCCAAAUAGACGAAGCCUUCGUCUGCCAGAAGAAGAACCACUUCCAGGUCACAUGCCAGAUGCAAGUGUCAGGCGACCCGCAGUAUACGAAGACUGUGGACGGAUAUAAGAAGAUUAACAGCUUUUGUUUGCAUUUUUAUGGAGUCAAGGCUGAAGAUCCCAGUCAAGAAGUGCGGAUAGAACAGAGUCAAUCCGACAGAACCAAGAAGCCAUUUCAUCCCGUCCCCGUGGAACUCCGUCGCGAAGGCUCCAAAAUAACUGUUGGGCGACUGCAUUUUGCGGAAACAACGAACAACAAUAUGCGGAAGAAGGGUCGUCCCAACCCUGACCAGAGGCACUUCCAGCUGGUGGUAGCACUCAAGGCUCACACGGCUGCCAGUGAAUAUAUUGUGGCUGCUCAUGCGAGUGACAGGAUUAUUGUACGGGCAUCAAAUCCCGGCCAAUUCGAGUCCGACUGUUCAGAGAAUUGGUGGCAGCGAGGUGUGUCGGAGAACAGCGUGCAUUUCAACGGACGUGUCGGGAUUAACACGGACAGACCGGACGAGAGCUGUGUUAUUAAUGGUAACCUGAAAGUGAUGGGUCAUAUAGUGCAUCCGUCAGACGCACGUGCAAAACAUGAUAUUGAGGAAUUGGACACUGCGCAACAGUUGAAGAAUGUUCAGAACAUACGCGUUGUUAAAUUCAACUACGACCCAUCUUUCGCUGAACAUUCGGGUCUUGUGGGCUGGGACCCACGUACCACCUCACGUGACACCGGUGUACUGGCACAGGAAGUUAGGAAAGUGUUACCCGACGCCGUAAAAGAGGCCGGCGAUGUCACAUUACCCAAUGGAGAUACGAUUCCCAAAUUUUUGGUUGUUAACAAGGAUCGUAUCUUCAUGGAGAACUUAGGUGCUGUCAAGGAGCUGUGCAAGGUGACGGGACACCUGGAGUCACGCAUAGAUCAGCUCGAGAAGAUGAACAGACGACUCUGCAAGAUUGGUCUGCAGCGGAGAGACAGUGCGAGGUCCAGUGCCAGUAAUGACUCCCGUUUCUCAGGACUCUCGACAUCAUCGAAAUCAUUUUACAGCGACGGAAAUAUUUCCAUAGACCAAAUACGCGAUAUCGCGCGUUCUAUCCGCCGACACGAGGGUUGCCAUAAACUCAGUCACAACUCCCCGAAAUACACCCGAAAACAGUGCAAAAAUUGUCAAGUUUAUUCGAAAUAUGGAAAAUAUUACAACUAUAAUAAAACAUGUGUUCGAUAUCAUUCGAAAUCGGAGAAAUCUGAAAAUUUGGACAGCAAUUAUCCUACGUACGUGAGUACGUUGGAAACUCCACCAAAAAUGCCAGACGAAAUGAGUACGAAGAAGGAGUCCUGCCUAUGGAUGAGAGAUGUUGCGUAUGGCAACAUGUGUUGCGGAAAAAAGUAUGGAUAUGACGGCAAUGAACUGAUUUCGAAUAAACUGUUACAAAUUGUAAUAACUAUAUUGGUGUUUAUUAUGGCUGUGUGUCUCGUCGUAAUGUCAGCUCUAUACUUCCGGGAGCACCAAGAACUAUUGUCUAUGAAAGAGAUACGGAUGCACGAGAAAUUUUCAAACUACCCACAUUAUGGAAAGUUUAAUUUGAACAAUGCGCCCGUACAUAGAGCAACGCCGCCUGAUCAAAACCAAAUCCAGAAUUCAAAACCUCAACAUGCAGCUACGAAGAAAACAGCGAAAGAGAAAGGUCCUCACAAGAAUCCGGAGUUUACAUCAAUAGAUCCACCACUACCGACUUUGACAACUCUACAUGCUUCUAGAAACUACGUUAAAAAUGUCUUACACAUGGAACAGACUUCUACGACCCCUCGUUGGGAGGGGCCCAUUUCUAUCAGUCGCAUCGCAGACGUCAUUGGAGGAGGUUGUGCAUUCACUAUCAACACGGACAAUGAGUUGGAUGCGGAGUGUCAGUCAUCGUGUCUAGACGCCCCGCAGACCUAUGAAAGUCAAGAACCUUUGGAGCGCGGAAAACCCGACAAAGUGCUCAAUGAAACCUACUCUAGGCCACUAGAGCCUAUUAUCAAAGAGAAAAUUAUUACACCAGUCAUUGCUGAUAAAAACACAUCGGAGAUAAAAGAGGAGAUGCAGAAACAUUUAAAAGAAGAAAUAAUAGCGGAGUCGAACUUCCUAGACGCCAAAAAUAUUAGUGAGGGAAGAAUGAAGAGGGAAGUGGAAGUGGGGGAGGAGGGAGAAGGGAUUUUGAAGAGCAGUUCGGAGGAAAUGAUACUGAGUCAAUCUGACGAGAUUGGACGAGAAUGUGACACGAUAUCAGUGGGAAUAAGCAGUAAAUCGAUUUCAAAUAUAACUGUAUUCACUGAGUCAGUUUGCGCCCGCGCACCACACAACUAUACAUACUCUAUCCCGCUCUCUCAUUGUUUGCAUCAUAAGCACGUUGAUAUAUUAUUCAGAUCGUCAAAACUGCGCGAUCUACGUCUAUGUGAUCUCCAAUGCAAGUAUGACUCGAACAAGAACUGCCAACUUAACAAGGACUUAGCAAAGCCUCUUCCGAGCAUGGAUGCGUGGACGUCCAAGCUCACACUCGAGUGUAACAUGGACCGCACGUUGAAGUUACGAGGCAGUUUUGUCCCCAUCAAGGAAUUAUGCUACUUGAAUUCAGAGAGCAAAAUACAGUUCGUCGAAUUCAACAUACACAUUUACAGAGAUUGCCAUAAUUAAAAAUAAAUGGUAGAAAUAGUGAAAUACAUUCCCAAAAGUGCAAUUAUAUUAUUGUCCGUCCUAGACAUUAUUUUAUAUAUAAUGGGAAAUAGAUUUAUAUAUAGGAUAAGAAAAUACUCCCAGUUAUCAUCCACACGUUACGUUUAAUGUAUGGAUUUUGUCUAAUGUUGCCAGUUUUUAUUACUAAAAUAACUUCAACUGAUUUCGAUAUUAAAUAAGUUUAUGUUGUUUUGGGUUAUAUCUAGAUUUAUGUCACGAAAAUCCAUUUUGUAUUCAUUUCUUCAGGUCUACUGCCUAUGGCUCAGUUGCAAAUUUAAUUAUUAAGUUUAAAAAAUCAUGGAUAUUGAUUGCCUUUAAAAUAAGAAACAAUGAAUUCCUUAAAAAAACGGAAGCUUAUCUUAUUUUUGCAGGAAUUUUGCGUCAAUUAUUUCCCAGUUACAAAAAAUAUCAGACCUGUUUGUGUCUGCCCCAUUUCCUUUUACGAAACAUCACUUAUUAAAAAUAAGUUAGAUAAAAACAAAUAGUUAUUUUUGUACCUGUAUUUCUAUUUUAGUCUUUCAUUUAUAUUUUUAGAUUUUGUUUAUACAAUAUAAAUUUUCCCAUCAAAUACAUUCUGAAAUAAAUGUUUGAAUAGAAGUCCAUAAAAGAAUAUACAUAAAUUGAUCUUGAAAAUAAAUAACGUGACAGAACAAUAUAAACAGCAAGAAGUUCUAAAUCAUACUUUUUUGUACAAAUUCAAUAUGUCAUUUAUAUUAAAUAUUUCACAGAAUUAUUUAUCUGCAGCACAAAAUAGGUGCUAUUUUAUUGAGACUUCGUUUAUUUCACUGUGUUAAAAAUAAAGUCGCCAUAAGAUUUUGCUUUAAUGGUAAUAUGUAGGUAAGUGUAUAGUACCUUUGAGAAUCACAUUAAGUUAGGUUUAAUUGGUAGACAUCUUUGAAAGUUCCUUUGUUGAUUUUUCCACGUAAUGAAUUAUUAAAAAGCGCAACUCCAUUUAGAACAAGACGUAAUGUUUAUAGAAUACAUAUUAUAUAGUUUUAAUUUAUUUAAAAGAUAUCUGAAAUGAAGUCCUAUUAUAUUUUCACACAUUCCUAACGUACUUAAUUAGUAUAAGUUGAGAGUAUUUAGUAGUUUUAAGAACUACUUUAAUUGCAUGGUAGCUUUAUAUGGCAACAUUGAAUUUUGAUUAUGCUCAUUUUAGGUUCGUUUUUAUUGUUUUAUUCAUACUGCGGUUCUUCUUUUGCAUUUUUCAUAAACUUUUGUAUGCCACGAGAAUACAAACUUAUUUUCCAUUGAUAAAGGGGAAAGGAAAGGCAAAAAAUCAAAUAAAGAGAUGUAUUCUAAUUAAUUUACACAUAUUUGUAUAUAAUCUGUUCGUAUGAAGGUAGAAAUUUUUCAAAAGUCUCUAAAACUUAAUAAGCAAUUAACUUAUUUUUACCUGAUUAAAAACAAUCGAAGCCAUAAAUUAUUUCGUAUUACCAAUAAUUUAUUUAUUGGAUAAGGGCAGAUUUGGAUUUCCUAUGAAAUCGACAAAGCAUUCAGUUAAAGUUGGCCUCCCACUUUCUUUCCACAGAUCGGUGCCUUAAUUAAUAUGUAAAUGAUUUCAAUGGAAUUUUUUAUGGAAUUAUUGGAAGACAUUUCUGACCUUUGAUACCUGAAUUAAAUCACUCAUUAUUCGUACCACAUUAAUAACAAGGUUAUAAAAAUACCGGUUCUGAAUUGUAUGAAGUAUUGUAAAAAGCAUUUUUUUUAAGAAUCUCAUAUUGAUUUUAAUAGAGUAAUUGGAUGAAAAAACAAUAGUGGAAAAUUAAUUUAGAGGUAAAUUAAUUCUAUAUUUAUUAUUGUGUAAGAAUCAAUCACAACGAAAAUAUUUUUAUCACAUUUACUUAAUAUUUGAUUCAAUUUUGAAUCAAUGAAUAUAAUUGACAUUUCACGACAUUAUCCUUUUCGUGAACAUGUUACUUGUCAACUGCACCGUUUUGCAUACUUUGUAUUGAACUAGAUUAAACGUAUGAGUCUUGCCAUUAGAGAUGGCAGUUUAGAUUACAUUUUAUCAAUAUUUAUAUUUUUUGCAUUAUAUUAUUAUUUAUAUGUAAAAUGUUUUUUGCCAUUUGUUUUCGGUGCUUUGUAUGACAUUUAAUUUUAAGGCACGUUAUAUAUUGUAAUGUAGAUAAUACAUUUUUUAUGUAAUUGAUUUUUCGAUUAUUGUGUAUCGUUAAUUUUUAAUUAUUGAUAUGUAAUAAUUGAAUGAUCAUUAAAUGUAGUAUUAUGUAGAGAAAUCUUGCAAUAAAAAUAUGUAUUAAAACGAUA